AUGCACCCCUCUUCCUUUGGCAAAAGGAUCCGUCCCUCUUCUCGCCUGCUUUCCAAAAACAAGCCAUCUCCUUCGAAGUCAUGCCUCGCCGCUUCGUGCUCUGAUCGGGAGUCCUCCCUCUCUGGAGAGCCUCACGUCCGGAAGACAGUACACUUCCCAGACGAUGACCUCUUUCUCCAGCGGAUCAGGACGAUCCCGCCUCGCGAACGCCGGCGCAUGGCCAUUCUCAAGAGAGGUCAGAUCACGGAGACAAAGUGGUUCCUCAUGUACACUUUGCAUUCCUCUGGCUCCAACCAGCGGUUCCUUCGCAAGCUUCAUAGGCAGUACUCUCAUGUUCGCUAUGCCGCCCGUCCCCGAUGGGUGAGCAUUGUACGUGCCCGUCAUCUCGCCGCUGCCUAUUGUUGUGAGCCCCGUUCUCCGCGAUCUGCACCUUCCCCCGAUGGGUCAGUGCCUGAACCUGCCACCGAUGGCUCACUGCAUGAUGUCUUUGAUAUGUCUUCACUGAAGAUUGCCCUGCCUGAGCUUGCCUCGGCUGGUUCAUCGCAUGGGUCUGCCUUCGACAUGUCCUCGAUACUUCAUACACUGCCUGAUCCUGACCCGACUUUCAACAUGACCUCUCUGAUGGAUGCCCUCCCGGACCCGAAUGCCGCCUUCGGUAUGUGCUCGCUGAGGAGUGCCCUGUCUGAGUCUGCCCCUGAGCCAUAUGGGUUUGCCUCUGACAUGUCCUCUCUGAUGCGUGCACUUCCCGACCCUGAUGCUUCCUCUGAUGUAUCAUCCCUUGCACCUGUGCCCAAGUCCGUGGUUGCUUCCUACUCUCGCAAGUCUCACAAGGUUCGUCCUGUACGUGUGGUCGAGACCCACGUCGAGGUUGGCCCCUUCUCGGUCACCUGCUUCUUCAACCUUUGUGGGCUCUCGGGUGUGGUGAUGUGCUUCUUCCCAUGGAUCGCGCCAGUCAUCUUUGCGGCACUUGUGCUCCUGUUUAUCUAUGGGACAUGCUUCUUUUGA